AUGGACUUUGACACUGGGAUGUCUGUUUUGGAUACUCUCCAAAACCAAGUUGGGACUGCCAAGGAGCAUAAAAAUAUGAUUGUCAAGGAUAUUACAGAAAAGAUGAUUUGCAUUGUCAGAAAUGUGUUUGAAAAAAGAGAGAGGAUUGUGCUGGAUUCUCCACAUGGUCAGAGUCUCAAAGGAGCACCUCAAGUGGACAAAGAAACUCAGAACUGGCCUAUUGCAGAAGAACUUGUAUGUGAACUUGACAAGUUGAAGUACACUUUUCAAGCAGAUCCUCUUCCCUUGUUGAACCUUCUCAUGCACAGAAUGUGA